GCGCCCGGACGAUGCUCAAGUCCCGGCUCCGCAUGUUCCUGAACGAGCUGAAGCUGCUGGUGCUGACGGGCGGGGGGCGGCCCCGGGCCGAGCCGCAGCCCCGGGGGGGCGGGGGAGGCGGCUGCGGCUGGGCGCCCUUCGCCGGCUGCUCGACCUGGGACGGCGACGGCGACGAAGAGGAGUACUACGGCUCGGAGCCGCGGACCCGGGGCCUGGCCGGAGACAAGGAGCCGCGGGCCGGACCCCCGCCGCCACCCGCGCCGCCGCCGCCGCCCCCGGGCGCGCUGGACGCCCUGUCGCUCAGCAGCAGCCUGGACAGCGGGCUCCGAACCCCCCAGUGCCGAAUCUGCUUCCAGGGCCCGGAGCAGGGGGAGCUCCUGAGCCCCUGCCGCUGCGACGGCUCCGUGCGCUGCACGCACCAGCCCUGCCUCAUCCGCUGGAUCAGCGAGAGGGGCUCCUGGAGCUGUGAGCUCUGUUACUUCAAGUACCAGGUCCUGGCGAUCAGCACCAAGAACCCACUGCAGUGGCAGGCCAUCUCCCUGACGGUCAUCGAGAAGGUGCAGAUUGCUGCCAUAGUGCUAGGCUCUCUCUUCCUCGUCGCCAGCAUCUCCUGGCUCAUCUGGUCCUCACUCAGUCCUUCAGCCAAGUGGCAACGGCAGGAUCUGCUCUUUCAGAUCUGCUACGGCAUGUACGGCUUCAUGGAUGUCGUCUGCAUAGGCCUCAUCGUCCACGAAGGCUCCUCUGUCUACCGUAUCUUCAAGCGCUGGCAGGCAGUGAACCAGCAGUGGAAGGUCCUGAAUUAUGACAAGACCAAGGACAUAGGAGGAGAUGCAGGGGGAGGGUCGGCAGGGAAGCCGGGCCCCAGGACCUCACGGACGGGCCCCCCCUCUGGGGCCACCAGCCGCCCCCCGGCUGCCCAGCGCAUGCGGACGCUCUUGCCCCAGCGCUGUGGUUAUACAAUCCUGCACCUCCUUGGACAGCUGCGGCCGCCAGAUGCCCGUUCCAGUUCCCAGUCUGGCCGUGAGGUUGUCAUGAGGGUCACCACGGUCUGAACUGGACUCCAGGAGUGGGGAUCUUGAGUCAAUGCAUCGGCCAGAGAUGAGCUAUCGUGGCUGCUGGAGGUACCACCUGGACAAGGUUGUUUGGGGCACACUGCCCUCAUCACUGAGGAUCUCUGUGGGCAGCCUCAAGCUGGAGACAUUGUUUGGCCUCUACUGCCCACUGGGUAGAGACACCUGGAUGACAUUCCAGUCCCCACUGACAGCUCCUCACACUCAUCCUGGGGCAGCCAGUGGGCAGGUGGGGAGAGCAGCUCUUCUUCCCUAGAGAACCGUCCUUACCUCAGCUCCUAGGGCCUCCAGCCCCCCAGCUCCACCACGGUGACUUGGUGAAGGGGGACCAAUGCCAGAAGAAAGGGGCUGUAGACCCCACAUUCCCCACCCCCAUGGCCACAGGGCAGCUGGCAAUAAGACUAGUAUACAUUGACCUCCCGUUCCCUGCAUGAGGGCGGGGGACCUUCCCCCUGCUCCACCCCCCAUUGCAUGGGGGGAGGGCAUAAAGAAUCAUUUAUAUGCA